UGUAUUAAGGCUGCUUGAUUUGUGCUGGUUGCUGGGGUAUUCAGUGAUGGUGGCUCGAGUGAAGGUAACCUGACGCCGGUCACUGUUUGGCUUACCAGCAGGUUGCGCUGCCUCGCACACACCGACCCGAAAACGGGAAAAAAAAAGUUUUGAGUGUUGCCCUGAGAUUUAACGCUUGCGCAGAACAGGUUGCCUGGCCAGUUCCUCUGGUUGACUUACCUGAGAGGUACAUCAGUUUCGGUCAAUAACAGAGAGCAACUAACGCGACAUCAGUCAGCUGAGCCUGGACUUCUGUGAGCGAAAGGAGAAGUUUAAUUAAAGCGCGAUCACUUUUUGGCCGAAUCCGAGGUUAAAUGAGCGGGAGGACCGGAGUACCUCAUCUUCCCGUGGCUUCUGGCAGGUGUGCUCUUGUUUUGUCGCCCGUACGACACGAGGAAACGGAGCUCGUGACAGGUCGCCGACUUCUUCCCUCUGCAUUGCACGGCUGAGUCCGGUAGACGCCGCCUUUCGUCGUCGUGGAAAGCCUGGGAAACAGCUGGAUGCCUUCUUCUUGAGCGGUCCGGUAUCGGUGCCGUUUUCCCUGAUUAAUUAAAGCGCUGUCUCGCGGGGGAAGAUGAUGGGCUUUCUGCGCAGGACGUUUAGCCGUCGGUCAAAAAGAAACGCUCGGCCGCCGAGCGAGGUAGACGGGACCGGUAACGUUAGAGGCGGAAACGCAGUGCUCCAGGCGCACCAGCAGCAGGUGAUUCACGCGCCGACCGUAGUGACCGGGGGAGCCGUAGUGCACAUCCCCGCAGCGGGCAACAGCAAAGACGCCAUCACAUGCAGAGUCCUGCUGCUGGACGGAUCGGAUGUCAAUGUGGAGUUACCGAAACACGCCAAGGGGCAGGAUCUGUUUGAUCAGAUUAUGUAUCACUUGGAUCUGGUGGAAGCUGAUUACUUUGGGCUGCAGUUCAUGGACCCGGAGCAGGUUGCGCACUGGCUGGAUGCGGCCAAGCCCAUAAAGAAGCAGAUUAGACAUGGACCUCCAUACAGAUUGUUUUUCAGGGUUAAAUUCUAUUCCUCGGAGCCCAAUAACCUUCACGAAGAGUUCACCAGGUAUCUCUUUGUACUGCAGCUUAGACAAGACAUACUGUCCGGCAAGUUAAAAUGUCCGUAUGAUGUUUCCGUAGAGCUCGGGGCGUAUUGCUUACAGAGUGAACUUGGGGAUUGUGAUCCACUAGAACACUCGAUUUUGUUAGUAUCAGAGUUUCGCUUUUCACCCAAACAGACAGAGAUUAUGGAGGCAGACAUCUACCGCAAAUGGGUUGAGUGCAGAGGAAUGAUUCCUUCUCAAGCUGAGCUGAAUUUCCUGAAUAAGUGCAAGUGGCUGGAAAUGUACGGAGUGGACAUGCAUUUUGUGAAGGGACGGGAUGGAGGAGAAUAUGCUCUGGGGCUCACUCCAACUGGAAUCCUUGUUUUUGAGGGAUCCAGCAAAAUUGGUCUCUUUUUCUGGCCUAAAAUAACCCGUCUUGACUUCAAGAGGAACAGGCUGACCUUAGUAGUCGUGGAGGAUGAUGAGAAGGGUCGAGAGCAGGAGCACACGUUUGUGUUUCAGCUGUCGAGUUCUCAUGAGUGUAAGCAUUUAUGGAAGUGUGCAGUCGAGAGCCAUGCCUUCUUCCGGCUCCGGCAGCCAACCCACAACAAAACCAGCCGCAGUGACUUCACACGCCUAGGCUCACGCUUCAGAUUCAGUGGAAGAACUGAAUAUCAGGCCACACAUAGUGGUAAAGUCAGAAGAGCAAGCACUUUUGAGAGAAGGCCAAGUAAAAGAUAUCCAUCACGGGCUCAGUCUAUGGUCAAGGCCAUGACUCCAGCAAAGCAUCCCCAUUUAAGUGCACAGACCAGCCCUGAGCCAAGCUUAAAACCGUAUAAGCACAACAUUCCAAUUGCACAGGAUCCUUGGCAAAGAUCACACCCUCCUCCUUCUCUGACCUCUCCUCUAUACAUCCAGCCCAUGGAAUUGGGACACACACCUCCACCACACAGACCCUCCUAUGUGGACAGACCCCCUGCGAGCAGUGUUGGGUUUGGUGAGAGCGAUUUGGUUGCGCGCAAUGUCAGGAGCGUGUCUGUCAUGCACAAAGACAAACUUAUGACUGCACUCUAAGCAUGUGAGAGGGUGUUUGGAUGAGCCGCUCACCUUAGUAAAAGAGAUGCUCGCAUCCAGUCACAGUCGGUGUGUCAUCCUUCAUCAUCUCACCUUCUGGAGUCUCAUCUUUUGCUUGUGAUCAUCCAUCAACUCAUCCAUCAUGUGACAUGUCUCAUCCGAUCAAAUGCGUCCUGAAAUGACAAACACAUAUUCAGCAUAUGUGGACCGUGACGUCUGACAAGUCUGCAUGUUGAUAGCUUUUAGAGUUUUGCAUGAUUUAUGGUAAAAUCUAGAACUAGCAAAUGACCUGAACCAUGUCAGAAGAUGUGCUGCUGUUGUGGCUUUAUAUUCUAAAGCAGGAUUGCUCAGGUUGGGUCCACCAAAAAGCCCGGCUGAGCAGCCUUGUUCUAGAUUAUAGCCUAUUUUAUUAUUUUAAUUCAUAUAUUUUGUGCAUAUCAUGUAUGAAUGUUUACUUUUAAGUGCAGAUCAUUUAUAUAAUGCCAAGACGAGCUCCUCACUGUUUACAGUCCCGCUUUACUUAAUCCAGGGGUGUCCAAACUCAGACCUGGAGGCCCAAUGUUCUGCAGAUUUUAGCUCUAACUUGCCUCAACACACCUGCAAGGAUGGUUGUAAGAGCCUAGUAAGAGCUUGAUUAGCUAGCCUAGGUGUGUCUGAUUGGGGUUGGAACUAAAACUUUGCAGGACACCGGCCCUUCAGGACCGAAUUUGGACAUGCCUAACUUAAUCUAAAGGGAUAGUUCACCUAAAAAAUGAAAAUGUACUCACUAUUUACUCAAUCUCAAGUGGUCCUGUUAUGAGUUUACUUUUUCUGUUGAACGCAAAACUAUAUAUUUUAAAGAAUACUGGAAACCUCUAACCAUUGACUUACAUAGUAGGAAAAAACAAAUACCAUGUAAGUCAAUGGUUACAGGUUUUCAAUGUUUUUCAAAAUAUCCUAUAUUGUGUUAAAAAUGAAACUCAAGCAGGUUUGUGGCAAGCGAAAGUUCAGUAAAUGAUGACAGAAUUUUCUAUUUUGGGUGAACUGUCUCUUUCUAUUCACCUUGAAAGUACUCGUGACAGCUGUUCUGUAUGUGCUAAUGAUCAUUUACGUAUUUGCUGAAGUGUUAAGUUAGACACCUUUUGUGUUUUAGCCAUAGAAAUCCGUUCAAUCAGCAAGGAACGGGGGGCUUUUAAUGAUUAAAGUCUGCUGCAGUGAGACCUGCCUUAAUAAAUGUGUUGUUUACACUAAUCGACUCAAUUUUAUUGAUUAUGUAAACCCCUGACAUUUACUUCUCAUUUUUUGUAUUCACAUUUGCACUGUUCCAUUUUCUGUUUAAUAACACCAUUCGCAUAAUCGGUUGUUGUUGUUGGUCUUUCCAUUGAAAUUACUUUCAGAAGCACUCUGUUAUCAUAUUAGAAAGCUGCGUGUGCAUGUUUCUGCAUGUCAUUUGUACUGUGGUUAUCCUACUUGAAAAUAAAUCAAUAAACACCAGCUCAGGUUUGC